AAAUGAAAUAUAGCCAGCUACAGUUAUUUGGGAAUAUCUGAGAAAAAGAUUCGGAUUGGGCCAAUUUUCCCACAGAGAUGAUGCAGCCUGCAGCGGCCGUGCCGGAGGGCUGGGCUUCUCCCCAGCUGAGACCCAUUUCCAGCGCCAACGCCACUCAUCGUCUUGGGCUGCUGCUAUAAUUGGUUACUAAUUUGAAAAGGCUAGGAGGAUGAGCUGGGCAUUUACUGGGUUUCGUGUGUAACACCGAUUUUUCAGCUUUUCAUUCCCAAAUUUAACUCUAAAGCGGACACGCUUCAUGUGGCCAAAAUGAAAUAACAGCGUCGUCUUUUCACAUUUUCUCACCUUCACAGUGCACCUUUUCACCAGUUCACCUUUCGUUUUAUGUUUCGUUUGGUACCUCGGAUACACCACACAUUUUGCCUGAAAUUUCACGAAUUUGCACAAAGAUCCUCCCCCCCAACUUAAAACACCUAAGCGUCUACGGACUAGAACGUAGUAAAACUAUUUUCCUUUUUUCUUGCACGAAAAAAUUACUUCAGCUCCACAAUGAGUCUAAAAUCGGACUCAGAGCCGAACAGCAAUGUGACGAUGGAAGAGGAGGUGCGGACGCUGUUUGUCAGUGGCCUCCCCAUCGACAUCAAGCCCCGAGAGCUUUAUCUCUUAUUCAGACCCUUUAAGGGUUAUGAAGGUUCUCUGAUUAAGUUGACUUCAAAGCAGCCUGUGGGGUUUGUUACCUUUGACUGCCGAUCCGGUGCUGAUGCAGCUAAGAAUGCAUUAAAUGGGAUCCGCUUUGACCCAGAAAAUCCACAGACCCUGAGGUUAGAGUUUGCUAAAGCCAACACGAAGAUGGCAAAGAGUAAGCUGAUGGCUACGCCGAACCCCACAAACAUCCACCCAGCUCUAGGAGCUCACUUCAUUGCACGGGACCCAUAUGAUCUGACAGGUGCUGCUCUGAUUCCUACGUCCCCUGAGACCUGGGCCCCCUACCCACUGUACGCCACCGAGCUGCCCCCCGGGCUCCCGCACGCUGCCUUCUCUUACCCCGCCGCCGCCCUACACGCCCAGAUGCGUUGGUAUCCACCCCCAUCUGAAGGAUCCCAGUCUGGAUGGAAGUCCCGCCAAUUCUGUUAGUCCUUUAUUGUGCAACAUACUGAACUUCUGCAGCGAAUUCAGUCGAGUUUAAUGGACAAAGGAAACCAGAAACGCCGUCUGGGCUGCAAGCAGGGAUUAAUGGCAGAGCUGAGUCUUUGGAUGUCGCAUCUUCACACACGCGGAGUUGCUACAGAAAUGUGUCCAGUUUACUGAGAGCAGGAAUAUGGCAUAAUGAGGGUGGAGUCCUAUGGGCUUGGAGCUCAUCAAUCACUGCAUGUUCAGAAACCUGGCAUGAAUGUGACUGACAUUUGUCCAUCCAUUAGUAUUUUUUCCAUGUAGAAAUUAGUCUUGGCCUCCUACUUGAACCUUCUUCCUAGAUUUGUGGUCUUAGCCCUUGCUUGUAAUGUUGAUAGAUACCACUUUUCGUGCUGGAAUCCCUUACUGCAGUGCUCUGACAUUGAAAUAACCAACUGGGUUAGGUUCAGUGAUUGUGUUGAUGGAUGGAGUCUGCAUCCCUAUAACCGCCUGAUGUUGCCAAAAUGUCUACUGUGAGAAGUGUGAAUGUUUGUACUUGGCUGUAAUAAAUAUUUAUGUUCUUGUGCAAUUAAAUUUGUGCUAGUCUUUUUAA